UGACGUUGUACAACCGGUCAGGGGGGAGUGGAAGAAUAGUGUUGGGGGGUGUUGAUACCCGGCUGUAACAACACAGUAUCAGCCAUAUACACGAAGAGAUGGCCGCAGCAGCUGGGGCCCGAAAAUCACGGGCUUGUAUCUUGUAGAUGUUUGGGAAUAUUACAUCGAUGUGGCAAUGGCUGUAUGAGGAGGACCAAUUUCGCUUAAGGCGGUGUCGGAAUCGUUAGGUAUUAACUGGAGGGGCCAGUAUCUCAGGAACAGACUGUCCCGUGAACUGUUAUUUUUGAUGCUUCGUUAGCAUAACCAUUAGCUAGCUAGCUUUGCAGAGUGUUAGCAAGCUUGGAGUGUAGUGGAAUCGCAGCUUGUGUAGGCGUCUCAAAUAAAACAGUAAAAGGACAGCGCAGUCAUGCGUGCUUAGCUUUUAGAUUUUAGAUAGUGUAGGGCUAUUUUAGAAUACAAUUUCUGUGUGGUGACGUGUGGGUUCCUCGUUGAAGCUCAAGGUCUCUGUUUAGCUUACCGUUAACUGGUUAGAAGCGUAUGUCUUCGUAGCCAUGUAUGAACGUAGCUAGCUACCAGUAAUAGUGAUUACAAAGGAGCAGCUAGAAAGACUGCUGGAUGAGAAUUCAGUGUCUUUGUCUCUGCCUUCACUUUUACGAGAAUGAGUGAUGGCAUUUACCUCUCAGUGUAUGGAAAUGAAAGUUUAGAAAGAUAACACAGCUACUAACUAUAACUAAUAUUCAUCUCAAAUGUGUAGACAAACGUAGCUUAGUGUUCAAUCAUUUAGGCUAGGUAGCUAGUAGACAGCCAGCGAGUUUCUCUUUGUUGUGUACUCAGCACUCUUGCGUGCUGGAGCUUGUCUCUAGUCUACAGGCUAGCAUACCGUUGUUUUUUUUCUGGUCCUUUAAUGUUGUGCAGCUUUUCACCAUUUAACGUUAUUUGUUGGCAAACCAAACUGAUUGUAAAUGUGAUAGUCUGAAUUACAUGGUGAAUACAUCAGCUACAAAGUAGCUACAAACACAUUUCAGUUCACAGAUGUUAGCUAUUAUGGCCAACACUUUGGGCUCAAAUAAGAUCUGGACAUGGAUAUUACUACACCCUCUCGUCUGCAUCAUUUUUGUCGGAAGCGCAGUUUGCUCCCAGCACAAUGAAAACGUCUAUGUAUCAGGGAUUUCAAAUGCUUGUGGCGAUGUGGCCGAGUUGAUCCGAGCGUCCAGCGGGGUCAUCACCAGUCCCGGCUGGCCGUUUGAGUACCCGUCCCGUGUCAACUGCAGCUGGAACAUCAGGGCCAACCCUGGAGAGAUCAUCACCAUCAGUUUUCAGGACUUUGAGAUCCAGAGUUCCCACCGCUGCGGAAUGGACUGGAUCUCCAUCGGCGCCUACAAGAACCUGGACGGCUUCCGGGCCUGCGGCUCGUCCAUCCCGGCGCCAUACAUCUCCUCUCAGGACCACGUGUGGAUCAAGUUCCACUCGGACGACAGUCUAACCGGGAAGGGCUUCAGGCUGUCUUACAUAACAGGGAAGUCUGAGGAGCUGGUGUGUGAGCCGGACCAGUUCCACUGCGCUAACGGCAAGUGCCUGCCCGAGGCGUGGAAGUGCAACGGCAUGGACGAGUGCGGCGACAACUCGGACGAGGAGCUGUGCGCAGCGCCCAAUGACCCGUCGGCGCUCUUCUCCUUCCAGCCGUGCGCCUACAACCAGUUCCCGUGCCUGUCCCGCUACACGCGCAUCUACACCUGCCUGCCCGAGUCGCUCAAGUGCGACGGCAGCAUCGACUGCCAGGACCUGGGCGACGAGAUCGACUGCGACGUGCCGGCGUGCGGCGAGCGCCUGCGCACCUUCUACGGCGCGUUCAGCUCGCCCAACUACCCGGACUUCUACCCGCCGGGCAGCAACUGCACGUGGCUCAUCGACACGGGCGACCGGCGCAAAGUGGUGCUGCGCUUCGUCGACUUCAAGCUGGACGGCACGGGCUACGGCGACUACGUCAAGGUCUACGACGGCCUGGAGGAGAACCCACGGCGGUUGCUCCGCGUGCUGACGGCGUUCGACGCCCGAGCCCCGCUUUCCGUGGUGUCGUCGUCAGGUCAGCUCCGUAUACACUUCUACGCGGACAAGGUCAACGCGGCGCGCGGCUUCAACGUCACCUACCAGGUGGACGGCUUCUGCCUGCCGUGGGAGAUCCCGUGCGGGGGCAACUGGGGCUGCUACACGGAGGCGCAGCGCUGUGAUGGCUACUGGCACUGCCCUAACGGCCGCGACGAGCUCAACUGCAGCACGUGCCAGGAGGACGAGUUCCCGUGCUCGCGCAACGGAGCCUGCUACCCGCGCUCGGACCGCUGCAACUACCAGAACCGCUGCCCCAACGGCUCGGACGAGAAGAACUGCUUCUUCUGCCAGCCGGGCAACUUCCACUGCAAGAACAACCGCUGCGUGUUCGAGAGUUGGGUGUGCGACGCGCAGGACGACUGUGGCGACGGCAGCGACGAGGAGAGCUGCCCCGUGGUGGUGCCCACGCGCGUCAUCACCGCCGCCGUCAUCGGCAGCCUCAUCUGCGGCCUGCUGCUGGUCAUCGCGCUGGGCUGCACCUGCAAGCUCUACUCGCUGCGCAUGUUCGAGCGCAGGUCUUUUGAGACACAGCUGUCCAGAGUGGAGGCCGAGCUGCUGAGGAGAGAGGCGCCCCCGUCCUACGGUCAGCUCAUUGCCCAGGGGCUCAUCCCACCCGUGGAGGACUUCCCUGUCUGCUCUGGCAACCAGGCCUCGGUCCUGGAGAACCUGCGUCUGGCCGUGCGCUCGCAGCUCGGCUUCACCUCCAUCCGCCUGCCCACCUCCGGCCGCCACCGCAACAUCUGGCGCCGCCUCUUCAACUUCACGCGCUCGCGGCGCUCCGGCUCCCUGGCGCUGGUCUCCGCUGAGACGGACGAUGGCUCAGGUGCCGGGACCGGUGGCAGUGGCAAUGGUGCAGGCUCUACCCGGGAACCCGGAGCCCUGCUGGGCUCUCACCGCGGCCUGCUGCCCCUCGACUCGGACGACACCGACACGGAGAGUGAGCACCCGACUCAGCGCCGCGACACCGUCGGAGCAGUGGGCGGCGGAGGGGGAACUGGACCCGCGGCUCCCCUGCCUCAGAAAACCCCACCCACCACUGCCGUGGAGGCCAUCGUAUCCGUGACGACCAGCCUGCCCCAGCUGUCCGGUCGGGAGGGCAGUCUGGUCGAGAGUUUGUCGGAGAGCUCCGGGACGAUAACGACAUCGGCGCUGCCCCAGCGUUCGAUCUCGACGUCAUCGAUGAGCAGCGGCAGUAGCGGCAGCAGCAACAGCAGCGGCGGCGGCAGCAGUCCGGGCAGCCGGAGCCAGCUCAGCAGCGCCCUCAGCAGGAUGACCCGCGGCCUGCGCUGGGUUCGCUUCUCCCUCACGCGCUCCUCCGGCGGCAGUGGCGGAGGCUCUGGCCGGAGCGGGUCGGGGGGCGCCGGGCCGAACCACAGCCCCCUGAGGCAGCUGGAGCACGGCUCCGUCACCUCCGUUGGUGGCGGUAGCGAGCGGGAGGAGGAGGACGAUGUGGAGCUGCUCAUCCCCGUCGCCGACGUGCCCUCGGUGGCGCUCUCGGACGGCGGCGGCGGCGACUGCUCAAGGCCCCUGCUGGAGGGCUUGUCCAGCCCCUCCGAGCUAGUCAGCGUGGGCCCCCUGCUGGCCUCGUCCCCGGCGCUGGCCUCGGCCACGCUCCGAGGCCGGCCGCUGGCGGGUCGGGACGGGCCAUGCGAACACUGCGGCAUGGUGCACACCGCCCGCAUCCCCGACGCCUGCCUGGAGGCCACCGCCAAGACGGAGACCAGCGACGACGAGGCCCUGCUGCUCUGCUGAAACCCCCCCAACUCAGCUUAGCUGGCUGACUGACUGUCCCAUACAGUUGUACACCCACCCCACCCCACCCCACCCCUAAUCCUCUGCUUCGCUCUUCUAUCUUUCUCUGAGUUCUCCCUAUCCUAAUGCCUUGAUGGGCAUUGUCAGUGGGCUUACUGGUCAGAGAAGCUCAGAGUGCCCAGUGAUUUGUGACAAAGCUAUAGGAAAGUUAAGAAGAAAUGUAAGGAUAUUAAGGAUAUUAAAUGUCUUUUCGGAACUUUUGGUACGAUACAGAUGAUAGAUUACCCAUAUUCAGUGACCGUCUUAUUCCCAGAAUCUCUCUGCUAGCCCUGAACACUACAAGCCACUGUGCAAUAUUUGAGUGUUUUUGAGUAUUUUCUCUUGAGUGGAGAAUGACAGCUUAUGUACGGAAAAGUUUGAAGCUUAGGUCAAGGUGGGUUUGAAACUCCUUAAGUGGACCGAUACGUAUGAUGAGGGGUAAGGCUGUGUUGCUCUUUCAAUUUUGUCCUUAACACUGUUUAGAGAGAUUUUAGCCAAAACGACUCAAGUUGGUACUAUUAGGACAGUUGAACCUGGGAGACAUGUCUGUAUUUUGUUUUCCUUUUAUUUUUUUCCCUCCCAUUUUAAAUUAUUAUUUCACAUUUCAUUCUAACUGUAAAGGUAAGGGUUUGUAUUUCAAGGUACGAGAUGGCAGCUGUGUGGGGGAAAACUGCACUGUGUGAUCUUGGCCUCCCUGUGCUACCACGCCGUCUUACAUUUCGGUGUCGUGGAGGUUGUCUCGUGAUCCUGAAAGGUAACGACAGCCCUGCCCUACGCAGUAUCACACGGUGUGGAGCCAUUUCUGUUUCUACAAGGGAAAAAAGUGAAUUUGAGAAAAUACAGUUUCUAAGGACUUUACAUGGUUUUCAAAAUGGCCACCGAUGUCCGUUGUAUUUAUUGUUUUAUGUUUGUUUGUUUGUUUUUGUUACUGUUUGGUAACCUCAAUGUUUUGGUACUGAGAACAAUUGUGUGAGUGUGUGUAUAUUUAUUAUUCUUAUUAAUUUUAAUUUCAGUAGCGGUUACUUGAGAAGCAUGUUUUAACUGUCUUGUGCUUUUUUGUUAAGUGAUAUGGUGUUGAUACAAUAUGAAUAAAUAUAAAUAAAUAAAUAUAUAUAUGUAAUUGUUUACUGCACUAAGGAAAUAAA